AUGACAUCGUCCUACUCAGGUUCCCUCAGCGAUAUUAUUGGUUUCCCAGAAAUAAAAUAUCACGAGGCUCAGGAGUUCGAAAGCGUGGAGUUUGAAUUUGAUAUCUUGACCAACAGCAACGAUGAACCACCCGGGCAACCCGUGGCUGAACCAGCAACCCUGCCAAAUGAGUGUCAAAUUCCCCAGAUUCUCUAUUUUCUUACGGACAUAAGCGAAGGUCGUCAAUCGCUCAUGCUCGGGCUCUUGGAUCAACGUGUCAUCGUAUGA